GCGCAUAUGCGCAUAUGUGGCGUGGGCCUAAUAACAUUCGUUUCGACUCACUUAUAGUCGUCCUCCAAUCUGUCAUAAACUCGUUAAUAUUUGCAUCAGUGAAACUUGAAAAACAGUGAAGUUGUUCAGGAGUUGAAAAUUUUGUCUUUUUUCAGCAGAAAUAUUUGUUAGCAGCACAAGCAAUCGAUAAUGCGGUUUGGCCCUGAUGCUCCGUUAAUUUCUCUGAUGAAAGAACAGAAGACCGGACUGGCGAUGUCGCUGGUCGUAUUAGAGGAUUUGGAAGAUGCAACUGACUCAAUGAACAAUACCUAUUUGCACUAUACGGUCGAUUACGAGGCUCCAGAGGUCGCGUCGCUUUUAAUACAGUUUGGUGGCGAUGUGGAUGCGAGAAAUAACUUAGGGGACACUCCAUUGAUGAAAGCUGUUAAGGCCGAGGUGCCGUGUCCACGUGUGAUAGACAAUUUGCUACUAUUCGAUGCCGACGUUUAUCUGCAAGAUAGGGCUGGCAAAAGUUCGUUGAGAAUCGUUGAUUCCGUCGACUGGUUAAAGAACGAUCCGAAAAGGUUUCAGGUUUUGCGGAUUUUUAUCGAAUACGCGAAAAACAUGAUCGACUUCGAUGUGCUACGCGAGGGAGACCGUCAUGUGAUCGAGCUGCUGCUACAAACCAACAUCAAUCUGAAAAAAGCCGACACCGAGCGCAGAACUCUAGUUCACAUACUCGCAAAGAAUCCGAACUACCGCGUUAUCAAUCAGCUGCGCGGUCGCGAAUACGACGUGAACGCGUACGAUAUGUACGGAAUGACACCGCUGAUGUACGCCACGACCAAUUGCCUCUUCAAUAACGUGCAGUUUCUGUUAGAGGAAGGGGCCGACAUCGAAGCUAUCAACUUGGAUAUGAAAUCGUCUUUGUUUCUAUCGUUUUACCCGUACUUGGAAGGAGAUGCUUGGAAGACCGCUGCAGUUCUGCUGGAGCAUGGCGCCAACGUUCAAACACAAGCGGCAUUUCCCCAAUUGGCAACGAUCUUCGACCUGUUAAACAGCGACACUGACCCAGACACUAACUAUGGUGCGGCUGAACUCGCUCUCGCCCAUUUGGCUUUGCAAGAGGCGCUUGGAACACCGAUCACCAACUUGGUUCAAUCCAAACUCAGUACGAAUCAGCGUUUCUGCGACAUCUUUCAGCAAUGUCAGCAAGAACUUUUAAAUACAGUGUAUCCGUCCACCAGUUUGCUCGAUUGCCUUUCAGUCGUCAAGGAUAAUUUGGAGCAAUACUUUAUCUCCAACAAAGCGGCUGUAGAAUUUCAUCUUUACAACACGAGCAAUGAGUAUUACCGUAUGCUACUACAAAACCGCUUCAAGAAUAUAUCUAGAAAACUAGCAUUGACAAGAACAGCUGCUCACGUGAUUUGUCGAUUAAUGUCGCCAGAUUUUCUCUGUUAUCCAGAAAUCGGUUUUCGAGUUGUUCAAUAUUUGAGUGACGAAGAAACUCACCUUUUAACAAUGAUAAAAGAAUAACUAUACUAACUACAUGGCUUCAGAUAUUUCUACUAAAUCAAUCAGAUAAUCAUGUAUUGAUAUAUUGCCAAAUAAUUGUUAAGAUCAAAUCAAUAAAAUAUCAAUUUUUUGAC